CAUGCCCAGUUUUUAUCCCCUCGGUGUGAGGCCUGCGGGCAGCCCGGCCAUCGCCGGGAGACCCCCAGUCCCUUCACCGAAGCUCGCGGCCGAGGGCACCCAACGCCCGGCCGCCAUCACCCAGCGACGGGGCCGCUUCCCCCGCGCCGCCAUUUCCAACGGCUGCCUCCCCGCUCACCCCCGCCUGUCGCCGAGCCCUGGGCCCGCCCCCGCUGUAGGUGCGGCCUCGUCCCCAGCCACCCUCGGCCAGAAGAUGCUAAAACCCUUCAUCAGUGAUGAACUGCUUUCCCUGGUGUGUCCCAGCCUACCAUAAAUCAGCACUGGCUUUGGGCCCGUGAUGGGUAGUAUAUAAGUGUCUUUACUGACUGAAAACCUGAAUUUUUUUUUUUUUUUUUGCUGGGAAAGCUGGAAAAUGUUCAAAAAUCAGUAUCAGGGUGGUCCAUUUGUUGAAAUAUUCAGUGCCCAAGGCAAGAACCCAGGAGCAAAAUGGAAGAUUUUUGGCAAUCCUUCAGCUAUAUGGAAAGAAUAUGAUAAAGAAAUAAAGGGCUUUGUUUUUGUACUUGAAGGAAGCAGUCAAAUCAACAGAAUGCAGCUACCAAAGGAAACUAAACAAGCUCUGGGACUGAUCCAGCAGUUUCUGACACUUCAGAUUUUUGUGCCAUUGGGACAAGACUUCUCCACUGAGUUACUGAUAACUGAUUUAGGAAAUAUUAAAAGAAGAUUGUAUUUAUCAACAGUCCACAAGGAGUUGUCUGUAACCCCUCUGCAUGCAAAAAUUCCUCUACACAUGAUCAAGCGCAAAAUAUGGUGCAAUAUGUGUAUUGACUUGGUAGCAUUCACCAGUGAAAUAUUCAGAGGAGCUGUCUUCCAGUCUUUGGAUGGAAUUAUUAUUUCAGCUAACUGUAAGCUAAGAAAGAUCUUCACUUUAAAAUCCAAGCCUCAAGAUACAGCCGAGGAAGAUGGUAUGUGCUUUGUUCCAUUUACACCAUAUGAGACCAUAAAUGUUAUUCCUCGAACCUGCCAGCUAAAUACAGAUGUGCCGCAAGUUACACAAUUGCUGAACUUGACUAAAAUUCACAAGCCAGAAAUAAAAUGCAGGAGUUAUCCAGUAACAAUGCAAGGAACAGGACGCUUGAUUAAUAGGGGAAAAAGCAAUAUACGCAGCAAUAAAACUCAAGACGUAUCACAUAUUGCAUUUGGAUCAAAGAUCCUUGGACCACCUCCAUCUUCAAACAGAAGAGUCAGUACAAGGGUAUCUGGAGAGGUAACAAAGACUGUGGGUAGCAAAAGUACUAGAUCAUGCCAACUUCAAAGUUCAGGAAAAGGAACUGAAUCCCUACAAGACACCAAGAGAUUGGAGCUGUCGUUCUCACCAUGCAAUGAUUCUUUAGAUCAAGGAGGCAAGAAAAAUACUCACCAGACAGCUGAAGAUGUACAUCAGAAUGACUCUGCAAUUCAGACUCAGAAGAUGUCUGAGAAUGGAAGAACAGAUUUUCAGCUCCCCUUACCACAAGAUCUAUCACCAGACAAGAACAAUCAUGGAAGAUUAUGUAUAAAAAAUGCAGCCCAAAACACAUGGGAGAUAACCAGUGAUGAAUGGGUGUUUCCAGAAAGUUUUACAGAGAGUGCUCAGUUGGAUAAGAGUGGACAGUUUGUAGCUACUCAAGAUUCAGCCUGCCAUAAUUUACCGUCGCCACAGAAUGCAUCUGCUGAACAUCAGAGCAAUGAAACAGGUGAUCACCAUGUGAAUCAUAAAGAGAUUUUCACAUUUUCAUCAAGACCUCGGUCAGCUCCUCAUGGGAAAUCUCCAAAUAGGUCACCAGAACAUUGCAUUUUCCCUUUGGAUUUGAAGCAAGACAGUAACCAAGUCCAUGGGGAAAUCCAGAUUGCAGAUAACUUUCAAGGAACUGACAGCAGUGAAGAGGAUGACAGUAAUAUAUUUAUCCAGGGUACUGAGAAUCCAGAGAUCAGUGUUAGCAGGCAAGGAACAUCUGAUUCAGCAAUUUUUGAAGAGAACGCAAUAAAGAGCAUGCCAUGCAGAAAUGAGUACUGGAAGAAUAAGGAAUGCAGCAAACAAAACCUCGAGGAAACCAUCUUGUCAAAACCACAGAGUUCCACUGUGAGAAAAACAGAUUCUGUUAUCUCUCAGAGAAGCUUAAAGCCUACCCUUUCUCUUUCUCCAACUGGAACUAAAUCUGAAUUCUUUAACGUCACUCCAAAUGCAUCUGAAAAAAAUGAAGGACCUGAAGGAGUUUCUGGUCAGAUAAAACCAUCAAUUGGUAAAAAGUCCCUCAAGAAAAUCUCAAGAGAAAAUUCAUGUCUGACAACACAGACUUGUGAGUAUGAAUGGAAAAACUUCCAGACAAGUAGACUGAGUGUAUCUGAACUACAGAUGCUGGCUAGCAUGAAGAGGCAACACAAUGAAGAAUUAAGGGAUACGGAGAUCUCUCAUGGGCUAAGCGCAUCACAGAUAGACAACUGCAAUGUUAGCAUAAGUACAAGCAGUGAUGAUACAGCAACCUGGAAUUCUUGUUUCCCACCACCCGUCAGUCAGGAGCAUCACUAUCAGAAAGAAAUGAGCCCGCUUUCUCAUUCCAACCCACGAGACUGGUUGAACGUGUUCAGUCCCCCUCUCACUCCUGCAAGCCAAAAACUGGAUGAGCACACUAAAUCUUCAGCAAAUCAGAGUAUUCCAGGUGAAGAUGACCUCAAUGCUGAAGAAGACGAGGAAGUCUUGACUCUUUUGUAUGAUCCAUGUCUGAACUGUUACUUUGACCCAAAUUCUGGGAAGUACUAUGAAUUGGCGUAGUCAGAUCAUGAGAUACAUUAUUUUAUAGUCAGAAUGGGUUUAUCUUUUAACUGUUUGUAAAGUGUGACUGAGCUGUAUAAUUUAUCAUGUAACUUAAAACAUGAAUUAACCAAUAGUUUUGCAAACAAAUGAAUAUAUUAUGUAAAUAGUGUCUUAUUUUUAUAGUUUCACAUUAAGUUGUAAUGCAGUGGAAAAUCACAUUACAUAAAAGUUCCUUGUGGCUAAGACAUUUAUUUGUUAGUCUGAUUUAUUUCCAAUACUCAAAGGUUCUACAUGGGAACAAAUGAAAUUGAAUCAAGAGCUUUUGUGAUGUUCAUCUGUAAAUUAUGGUUUUACUCAAAAAUAUUUUUUUUUCAUUACUUGCUUACUGGAAAAUUUUAAUUGAUUCCAAGCUAUCUUACCCUUUGUACUGUUAAAAUACACAAUGCAUUGUUGAAAGGCAUCUAUUUCAUAAGUUCCCUCCCUCCCUUUAGUCACUGGAAAGAAAAGCAGUAUUCCCUCAUCUUCGAGAAAUUCCCUACUAUUGUGUAUUACAGUAACGAGAUGAUGUCAAAGCUGUAGGGUGUUACAAUGUGUACAGUACAGUGCACUGUAAGGUGUGUACACAGGCAGUUUGUAAAUCUAGACCACAACAGGGUAAAUACAGCAGGCCCUGAGAUUACCAGCUACUGUCUACUUUACUGCUGUAAUUUAACAUAGCCCUGAAGAAGAGCAAUGAGUGAUUGUUUCAACACUCACAAAUUGGAGCCUUGUUCCAUGUAAAGUAAGAAGAUGUGUUAUGAUUCAUAUGUGAAGCUGUGCUCAGUGUACAGGUGUGUGUUUUUUUCUGUUAUAUCUUGCAAUAAAAGAAGAUAAUUUAUU